AUGCUAUCCAUAGCGUUUGAUAUUUUAGUGCUAACUAUAUACGAUGAAGAAGAUAGAGCAUCAAUUCUUUCAUAAAUUGAUGCUAUUUAAAAUCUUGCUGGUUUGAAAAACAUGAAUUUAAAAAUAAUAAAUGUAUAAGGGUAAAUUCAUUUACAAAUUUUUGGUGAGUUAUCAGAUGUUGAAAGUACUUCGAUAUCUUUUGAACUUUUAUUUUUGAAUCCAUUGGAAAAUGGAAUAAGAUGUAAAAUAGUAAAACCGCAAGGAUAGGAAACCUAGUUAAAUCCGUAUUAUGAUUCAAACCUUGGAUUUAUAGAUUUUAGUACAUAUAUUGAGAGAACCGAUAAAUUGAUUGAUAUCUUUUCCAAAAUGAAAAUAUAAUUUAAAAAAGAGCAUCCGUACGAAGGAGUAGGAAAAGCUUAAGAAUAAGAGAAAAAUUCAUUUGCAAAAAAUAUAAAAGAUAACUGGAGUGAAUUAAAUUCUAUAAAUGAAUUUCUGGUUUUUGAACUAAUAAAUGAAUAUAAAAAGAAAGCUUGUCUUAAGUAGAUGAUAAUUGAUGGAUAAGAAAUGGUAGAUUAAUUAAUAAAGGAAAAAGAUAAAUUGAAUUAAUUUAGGAAUCAGAAUAUAGAUAAAGUUGUAGAUGAAUAUAAUAUUUUAUAACAUAUUUCCACAACACCUUAUUAAGAUCAGCUCAUAGAAUUAGAUGCAAAAAUCAAGGGCAUUCGUGAUACCUUAAGAUUAAUUUAGCAUAAUUUCUAAAAUAAUCAUUUAAACUUUCUAGAAUUAAACUAAUUUACAAGGAAUCUAGCUAAGGAAGAAUUUGAUGCAUUCCUCCUAUUAAAGAAAUGUCUUAAUUAAUAAUUAGAAUGA